AUGGCGGGGCGGCGGCGGCGGCUGCUGCUGCUGCUGCGCUGCCUCCUGCUGGGGCUGCUGGGCGGCGGCGGCGGCGGGCAGCCCGGCGGCGGCGAGUACUGCCACGGCUGGGUGGACGGGCAGGGCGGCUACCACGAGGGCUUCCAGUGCCCCGAGGGCUUCGACACGGCGGCCGCCACCAUCUGCUGCGGCUCCUGCUCGCUGCGCUACUGCUGCGGCGCCGCCGAGGCUCGCCUGGAGCAGGGCGGCUGCACCAACGACCGGGAGCCGCCGGACCCGGGAGUCGCCGCCCAACCAAUCUAUGUUCCAUUCCUCGUUGUUGGAUCAAUAUUUAUUGCCUUCGUUAUUGUGGGCUCCCUGGUAGCUGUUUAUUGUUGCACGUGUUUAAGACCUAAACAGCCAUCGCAGCCAAUACGAUUUUCUCUUCGGAGCUAUCAGACCGAGACCCUUCCCAUGAUCCUGGCUUCGGCGACCUUCAGGACACCGUCGAGACAGUCCAGCACCGCCACAAGCUCCAGCUCCGCCGGCGGAUCGGUGCGCAGGUUCUCCCUGGCGCGGGCGGAGCCGGGAUGCCUGGUGGCAUCUCCACCUCCACCCUACACCUCUGGCUGCUUCCAGGCGGCCCAUUCUGCCCAGCUGCCUCAGCCGUCGGGGUUCCUGGUGUCACCCCCGUACUUCGGGUACCCUCUCCAGCCGGAGCCCGCCCUAGGCGGGAAGAGCUGCUCCGAUUUUGGUCAGAGCUGAAGGGAGCUCUGAAGACCCCAUGCCACCGGAGGAAGCGCGAGGACUGCCGCCAGGCGCGACCCGCACUGACGGCCUCCGCGGCUGCCGGAGUCAGAACCCUUCG